ACGGCCGAGUCAACGAACGUGGAGCGCGGCCGGCGGCGCGGCGGCCGCCAGCUUUGAGUUGCGGCCGGUGGGGUGAGCGCGCGCGCUCGGCGGAUCGGGCCGACCGAGCGGACGGGCGCCAGCAGACGGCGCCGUGGAUAUCGCUGACCGGGUUCGUGAUAUGAAUCCGAGGCUUCUUCGCGCAAAUACCAGUGACAGUAGUGGUGCAGUGACAGUCGUAGUGCAGUGACACACCGCGCAGUGACGAUCGCGGCUCAGUGAUACGCCGCGCAGUGACAAUAGCGGCGCAGUGGGCCGCGCAGUGACUAUUGCGGCGCGCGGCGUGCGCCGCCGGCGGCAGCCAUGAGCACAGACGGGAGCAGUGGGUAUGACUAUCUGAACCAGAAGGAGGAUGUGAAAAAUUUCGAGACGGGCCGAAUUAAGGCCCUGCAGGAGGAGCGACUGCACAUCCAGAAAAAGACCUUCACAAAAUGGAUCAACUCAUUCCUUAUCAAGACUCGUAUGGAGGUGGAGGACAUCUUCACGGACCUGGCCGACGGCAGGAAACUGCUGCGGCUCCUCGAGAUCAUCUCCGGCGAGAAGCUCGGCAAACCAAACAACGGCAAAAUGCGUGUGCACAAAAUUGAAAACGUCAACAAGUCGCUGGCCUUUCUGCACACCAAGGUGCGUCUGGAGAGUAUCGGCGCCGAGGACAUAGUGGACGGCAACCCGCGGCUGAUACUGGGCCUCAUAUGGACCAUCAUCCUGCGCUUCCAGAUCGAGGUCAUCGAUAUCGACAUCGAUGAGACUGACGAGUCCAGUGAGAAGAAGUCGGCCAAAGACGCGCUGCUGCUCUGGUGUCAGAGGAAGACGGCCGGCUACAACGGCGUCCGCAUCAGCGACUUCUCCUCGUCAUGGCGGAACGGUCUGGGCUUCAACGCGCUGAUCCACGCGCACCGCCCGGACCUGAUCGACUACAAGUCGCUGCAGCCGGCCAACCACGUGGCCAACCUCAACAACGCCUUCGAGGUGGCGCAGAAGGACCUGGGCAUCCACCGGCUGCUCGAUGCCGAGGAUAUCGACGUCAACAAGCCAGACGAGAAGUCGGUGAUGACCUACGUGGCUUCCUACUACCACACGUUCGCCAAGAUGAAGUCGGAAAUCAAGGGCGGCAAGAGGAUCGCUAAUCUGGUGGGCCAAAUGAUGGAGGUGGACCGCUCCCAGGAGCGCUACAACGUGCUCACCACCUCGCUGCUCGAGUGGAUCCUGAUGAAGGUCUCCGUGCUCGAGGACCGAGACUUCCCCAACUCGCUCGAGGGAAUCCAGAAGGAGCUGCUCAAGUUCAAGAGCUACCGCACAGAGGAGAAGCCGCCCAAGUUCCGCGAGCGGAGCGAGAUCGAGGCGCUGUACUUUGACAUCAACACCAAGCUGAAGGCGCUCAACAAGCCGGCGUUCUCGCCGCCCGAGGGGAAGCUGCUGCACGACAUCGAGCGUACGUGGACCCAGCUGGAGAAGGCCGAACACUCGAGGGAGGUGGCCCUGAGGGCGGAGCUGCAGCGCCAGGAGCGGCUCGAACAGCUCGCCUACAAGUUCGAACGGAAGGGCGUGCUGCGCGAGGGAUACCUGAAGGAGAUGAUUCAGGUGCUGUCCGACCCGCGCUACGGCAGCAACCUCACCCAGGUGGAGGCGACCGUGAAGAAACAUGAGGCCAUCAGCGCCGACAUCCUGGCUAGGCGGGAGCGGUUCGCCGACCUGGUCAGUAUGGCCGACGAGCUGGAGCGGGAGAACUACCACGGCGCGGCGCGGGUGCGCGCCAGAGAGCAGGAGGUCACCGAGAGGUGGCAGCACCUGCUGUCGCUGCUCGACCGGCACAAACAGACGCUGGCCAACUUCUCCAGCCUGAUGACCAUGCUGCGCGAGAUCGACACCGUGCUGGCCGCCAUCAAGGAGAUGGAGGGCCAGGUGACGUCUGAGGCGGGCGCGUCCCACCUACUGGCCGCCGAGGACCUCAUCCAGAAGCACAGUCUGAUGGAGUCUCAGAUCAGCAGCGUGGGUGAGACGAUCCAGCGGCUCAACAAGCAGGCCAACCAGUUCAUCGCGGCCGGACACCGUGAGACGCCGGCACUACAGAAGCGGCUGCAGACCCUCAACGACGAGUACAAACACCUGGUGGACGAGUCGGGCCGGCGCAGCGACCGUCUGGACGAGUGGCGCUCCUACCUGCAGUUCGUCCAGGACUGUGAGGACGAGGAGGCCUGGCUGGUCGAGAAGCAGCGCAUCUGCACAGCCGGCAUCACCGCCAAAGACCUGCGCGCCGUGCUGGCAAUGCAGCAGAAACACAAGGACGCCGCCAGCAACCACAAUCCAUACAAGGCGCUGGAGGACGAGCUGCGGGUGCGGCGGCCCAAGACGGAGAAGAUCGCGCGCGCCGGCGAGGAGCUCGAAAAGGCCGACCACCCGCAAAAGGCCGAGAUCCGCUCCAGGAUCGAUGGCCUGAAGCAGAAGUUUGCCGAGCUGGAGGAGCUGGCUGCUCAGCGGCGGCGACAGCUGGCCGAGGCGGCCGAGGCCUACCAGUUCUACUCGGAUGCCAACGAGGCCGAGUCGUGGCUGAAGGAGAAGCGUCCGCUGGUGUCUUCCACCGACUGUGGCACCGACGAGCCGGGCGCAGCCUCGCUGCUCGCCCGCCACAAGGACACCGUGGGCGAGAUCAACGCCUAUCAGGACGACAUCACCGCGCUGGCCGCGCAGGCCGACAAACUGCAAAAGGCCGGCAUCACAUCACUCAGCCUGUCUGGCGCGCCGGAGGUGGCCGAGGUGGAGGAGUGGACCCAGGAGACGCGCCUCGUACCCAAGGAGGUAUGGGAGGAUGAGCCCGUCGAGCGCACAGAGUACCGAAUCGUCACCGAGGAGCGACAGAUCCCGCAGGUCAAGGCGCUCUACCCCUUCCAGGGACAGGACAUGCAGGUCGUCAAGGGCGAGGUGAUGUUCCUGCUGAAUCAGACCAACGACGACUGGUGGAACGUGCGGAAGGCCAGCGGUCAGGACGGCUUCGUGCCCGCCAACUACGUCAAGGAAAUUGAGCCCAAGCUCGUCACCAUGAAGGUCAAAAAGCCAGAGGUGGUGCGAGACGUCAAGAAGGUUAAAAAGACCAAGAUGGUGCGGCAGACGGUACCCGUGAAACGGACCCGCCCGGCCGAGCCGAAGGAGGACCAGCUGAUCUCGAAGCGCGUCGAGUCGAUCCAGUCUGCGUACGCCGAGCUGGGCCAGCUGGCCGACCGGCGGCGCACCCUCCUGCAGGACGCCAUCCGGCUCUUCCAGUUCAACAGGGAGUGCAACGACUUCGAGCUCUGGAUGCGAGAGAAGGAGAAGUUCCUCAAAACAGAGGACCCCACGCAGACGGUCGAGGCCGCCAAGCACGCCUUCGAGAAAUUCCUCACGGAUAUGGUUGCUGCCUCCAAGCGUAUUGACACUAUCGACGAAAUGGUGUCCGACUUCGUGAAGGAAAAGAAUACACAGAUUGACAAGGUGAAGCAGCGCCAGCGUCAGAUCCACCAGCUGUGGGACCACCUGAACCGGCUCAAACAGCAGAAGGAGCGCAGUCUCGAGGGAGCGUCCAGUGUGGAGCUGUUUGGCCGCACCUGUGAGGAGGCCUCCGACUGGAUGAAUGAGAAGAUGGACAAGAUGGAGAACGAGUACCUGGGCGCCGACCUGAAGACGAUCCAGGCCCUCCAGCGGCGCCACGAUAACCUGGAGCGAGAGCUGGCACCCAUCGAGGAGAAGGUCAAACGAGUGGCCGCACUCGGAAACUCAGUGAAGGCGUCCUACCCGCACGAGCUGGCGAACGUCACCUCGCGCCAGAAGGAGGUGAACUCGCUGUGGGACAAGGUGCGGGAGAAGGCGCUGCAGCGGCGCGCCCGACUCGAGGACGCCGUCGGCACGCAGAUCUUCAUCAACCAGGCGCAGAAUCUGCUGGCCUGGGUGGACGAGGUGAAGGCCAACCUGAACGCCACCGCCGCCGCCUCGGACGUGCACACUGCCGAGACGCUGCUCAAGACGCACCAGGACCUCGGCGACGACAUCCGCGCCCACCAGGACGAGUUCGCCGAGCUAACGGAGCUCGGUAACAAGCUGCUGAAGAAGAGCGGCGGCGAGUCAAAGCCUGUGCGCGAGCUAUCCCAGCGUCUGUCUGAGGAGCAGCGAGCCGUCCACCGCGGCUGGCAGGAGAAGGACGCCUGGCUGCACCAGCUGCGCGACCUGCAGCUGUUCAACCGCGAGGCCGAUCAGAUGGACGCCAUCACCGGCGGACACCAAAAGUUCAUCGAGCUCACCGACCUCGGCGACUCUUUGGACGCCGUGGAGCGUCUGAUCAAGCGCCACGAGGACUUUGAGAACACGCUGGCCGCUCAGGACGAGCGUCUGAAGGCGUUCAGCGACACCGCCGACCGGCUGGUGGCCGCCAAACACUACGACGCCGAAAACAUCUCUGCCCGUCGGGACCAGGUGCUGGCGCGCCGGCAGGAGACCCGCGAGCGGGCGGCCGAGCGACACCAGCAGCUGCUGGCCGCACAGGCCUACUACGAGUUCCGCGCAGACUGCGACGAGCUGCGAGACUGGAUGGCAGACAAGUCGCGCUCGGCCGCUGACGACAACUACCGCGACCUCAGCAACCUCGAGCGGAAGCUGCAGCGACACGAGGCGUUCGAGCGAGAGCUGAGGGCCAACGAGGGACGACUCAGGAAACUCAACAAGGUGGGCCAGGAGCUGGCGUCUCGCGGCCACUACCAGACGCCGGCCAUCGAGGCCACUCUCUCGGAGCUGAACGCCGCCUGGGAGGAGCUGUGCCGCCUGACGGCCGAGCGCGGCGCCAACCUGCGACAGGCGGCCGCGCUGCACGACCACAACCGCACGCUGGACGGCGCGCGCGCCAAACUGGACGAGCUGGGCCGCGCGCUGCAGUCCAAGGACCUCGGCAACGACCUGCGCAGCUGCAAACAGCAGCUCAAAAAACACCAGGCCCUGGAGGUGGAGGUGGGCAUGUUCGAAGACAAAGUGAACGAGCUGGUGAACGCCGGUCAGGAGAUGGCACAGGAGGGCCACUUUGACGCCGAGAACAUCCUGGCCCAGUGUAACGCCGUCCAGGCCAGGUUCGGUGAGCUGAAGGACCCGAUGGCCGAGCGGCGGCGCGCGCUGGAGGAGGCACUGCGCUACCACGAGUUCGUGGCCGGUCUGGACGCCGAGCUACAGUGGAUCGCUGAGCACCAGCCGGCCGCCAACUCCGAGACGCUGGGUCAGACACUACACGAGGCCCAGAGUCUGAGCAAGAAGCACGCCAAGCUGGAGGCUGAGCUGCGCGGCCACAAACCGGUCAUAGAGAAGGCCAUUCAGACGGGCACCGCGCUAGCCGCCGAGAAACGGCCCAACAAGGACGAGAUCGUGGAGCGUUGCCGUCAGCUGCAGACGGCCUGGGACGACCUGCACUCGGCGGCGGCGCGACGCGCCGGCCGGCUCCAGCUCAACCUGGCCGCCCAGCGCUUCUUCGCAGACGCCGACGAGGUGGAGAGCUGGAUGGCCGAGAAGACCAACGUGCUGACCGGCAGCGACUUCGGCAAGGACGAGGACGCCGCCGUCAAACUGCUCACCAAACACAAGGCGCUGGAGCUGGAGCUGGACUCGUACGCCGGCCUGGUGAAAGAGAUGAGCUCCGUCGGAGACGCCAUGGUCAAGGCCAGCCACCCCGACGCCAAGAUGAUCCAGCAGCGGCAGCAGCUCAUCAACCAGCAGCUCAAGGACACCCAGCGGCUGGCCACCCAGCGCCGCCAGCGACUGAUGGACAGCAAACAUCGGCACGAGUAUUUCCGAGAGAGUGACGACCUGGAGCGCUGGAUCGCCGAGCAGCUGCAGACGGCUGCCAGCGAGGACUACGGCACAGACUUCGAGCACCUGCUGCUGCUCCGUAACAAGUUCGAGGACCUGAAGCAUCGCGUCGAGGCGGGCUCAGAGCGCUUCAACCAGUGCGACGAGCUGGCCAAGAAGCUGAUUGCCAACGAGAACCCGUACGCUGCUGACAUGGACCGCCGUCAGGACCAGCUCAGGCCGGGCCGCAAUGAGGAUGCCCAGGACGUGGCCAAGCGGCACGAGGUGGUCAGGGGCCAGUGGGUGCAGCUGCUGGAGAUGAUGGACGCACGCGAGGAGAAGCUGACGGCCGCCGGAGAGCUGCACAGAUUCAACAGGGACGUCGCAGAGGCCCUCCAAAGGAUUCAGGAGAAGUACGCGCAGAUUCCGGACGACCUGGGCCGCAGUCUGCAGGCCGUCCACGCCCUGAUCCGACGACACGAGGGCUUCGAGAACGACCUGGUCGCCCUGGAGGCGCAGCUUCAGGUUCUGGUGAACGACUCUGCGCGGCUGCAGGAGUCGUACCCGACCAACGCCGAGCACAUCGCCGACCAGCAGCGUUUGGUGGUCACCAGCUGGGACCAGCUGCACCAGCGCGCCGCCCAGCGCAAGGAGGAGCUGCAGGCCAGCCUGGAGCUGCAGCGAUUCCUCACGCAGGGCCGCGAUCUGAUGACCUGGUCCGGUGACCUACGCGCCGGCAUGAUGACCGAGGAGGCGGUCAGGGACGCGGCCAGCGCGCAGGCGCUCAAGACCGAGCACGACCGAGUGAAGGCGGAGGUGGAGGCCCGAGAGGAGAACUUUACGGGACUGGUGCAGAUGGCCGACGCCAUGAUCCAGGACCAGCACUACGCCGCUCAGGAGGUGCAGGAGCGCCUGGAGCAGGUGUUGGAGGAGCGGAAGAAGCUACACGCCGCCUGGCAGCAGCGCAAGAUCUACCUGGACCAGCUGAUCGACUACCACUUCUUCCUGCGCGACGCCAAGAACCUGGACUCGGCCAGCGGCCAGCAGGAGGCGGCGCUGUCGAAGGCCGAGUUUGGCAGCACGGUGGAUUCUGUGGAGGCCGAGGUGCGCCGUCAGGAGGCGCUGGACCGGCUGGUGGGAGUGCAGAACGACCGGCUACAGCAGCUGAGCGAGCACGGCAGCAAGCUGCUGCAGCAGAACCACUUCCGCAGCCCGGAGAUCAAACAGAGGUUGGACGAGUGUGUGACACGGAGGAAGAAGGUCAGCGACCUGGCUGCGGAGCGGCGCCGCGGCCUCAACGACUCGCUGCUGCACGUCCAGUUCCUCAGGGACUGCAUGGAGGCGGAGAUGUGGAUUGCCGAGAAAAAGAAGGCCCUGGAGGCGGAGAAGGCUGGCACUGACGUCACCAGUCUGGAGGAGAAGAUCAAGAAGCUGCAGAAGCACCAGACGUUCGAGGCCGAGCUUACUGCCAACAAGCCCCGCAUCGCCGAGAUCAAGGACAAGGGUGACAAGCUGCUGCAGCAGAAGCACCUGAGCUCGCGGGAGAUCCGGCAGCAGCUGGACGCCCUGCUGGCCAGCUGGCAGCAGCUGCUGGCCGAGAGCGCCUCGCGCGGACGCGGACUCGAGGAGGCGCAGGACAUCCUCGACUUCAACAACCAGGUCGAAAAGGUCGAGGCCUGGAUCCGAGACAAGGACAUGCUGGUGCAAGCGGCCGAGAUGGGCCGCGACUACGAGCACUGCCAGGCGCUGCAGCGACGGCUCGACGAUGUCGACUCGGACAUGCGCGUCGACGACGUGCGCAUCAAGAACAUGAACGCGCUGGCCGACAAGCUGAUCCGUCAGGGCCAGGGCGACAACCGGGCCGUGCAGCAGAAACGCGACGAGCUCAACCAGAGGUGGAAGUCGCUGCAGGGCGCGCUCUCGUCGUACCGCGAGCAGCUGGCCGCCGCUCUCGAGGUGCACGCCUUCUACCGAGAUCUGGCCGACACUGCCGAACGCAUCCAGGAGAAGGCGCUCUCACUCUCCUCCGAGGAGACGGGCAAGGACCUCGGCUCAGUGGAGGCUCUGCAGCGCAAACAGGAGGCCGCCGAGCGAGACAUGACCGCCAUCGACGGAAAACUCAAGGAGCACGACGCCGAGGCGCGUCGUCUGAUGCAGAAGUACGCGGACCGUGCGGCGCCGAUCCGCGCCCGGCUGCAGGUGGUGCAGGACAGCUGGCGCCGGCUGCAGACCAGCUGCGAGAACCGGCGCACGCUGCUCGCCUCCUCCUACACGCUGCAAAAGUUCCACGCCGACCGCCGAGAGCUCGAGGCCUGGGUGGCCGACAUGAUGAGCCGCAUGGCCGCCAGCCACGACGGCGGGGAUGCAGAGAGGGCCGAGGAGCUGCUGCAGCUCCACCAGGAGCGUAAGGCGGAGAUGGACGGCCGCCAGGAGGCGUUCAAGGCGCUCAAAGACUUUGGCCACAAGCUGGUGCAGGAGCAGCACUACGCGCGUGACGAGGUGGAGACGUCUCUGGCGCAGCUGGAGGAGCUGCGGCGCACGCUGGGUGCCAGCUGGGAGGAGCGCCGCCACCAGCUGACGCAGGCACACCAGCGCCAGCUGUUCGACCGGCAGGCGCAGCAGGCGCACGCCUGGCUGGCCGGCAAGGAGGCCUUCCUCAACAACGACGACCUCGGGGACUCGAUCGCCAGCGUGGAGGCGCUGAUGAAGAAACACAAGAGCUUCGAGAAGACGUUCGCGGCGCAGGCGAGCCGCGUGGACGAGCUGGAGCAGUCUGCGGUGCAGCUGGUGGCCGCCAAACACUACGACUCGGAGGCCAUUCAGGAGACGCUGCAGGCCGUCUGCCAGAGGAGGGACCGUAUCAAGGAGUCGUCGCUGGUGCGCGAGCAGCGUCUGGCCGAGUCACUACAGCUGCAGCGCUUCCUGCGCAACAUCUACGAGUCGGAGACGUGGCUCGGCGAGAAGAUGCAGGUGGCUUGCGACGAGUCGUACCGCGACCCCACCAACCUGCAGUCCAAGAUCCAGAAACACCAGGCGUUCGAGGCCGAGCUGCAGGCCAACGCCGGACGCGUGCUGGCUGUCAACCAGGAGGGUGAGGCUCUGAUGACGGCCGGCCAUUACGCCGGUAUGGAGAUCCAGGCGCGGCUGGACGCGCUGGAGGCGCUCUGGCGCCAGCUGCAGGACGAGACGUCGCUGAAGAAGCGCCGGCUCCAGGAGGCCUACCAGGCGCUACUGUUCCAUCGCACGUUGGACGAGCUGGACGCCUGGAUGGACGAGGUGGAGUCACAGCUGGCCUCCGAGGACCACGGCGACUCGCUGACGGCCGCCGCCAACCUGCUGAAGCGACACCAGCUGCUCGAGGCCGACAUCAACUCGCACGCCGACGCUGUACAGCAGGCGAAGGAGACGGCUGCGCAGUUCGCGCGCUCUCAGCACUUUCAGCGGGAGGAGGUGGCGGAGCGCGCCAACCACGUGGUCAAGCGGUUCGCCUCGCUGGCCGAGCCCAUGCAGAUCCGCCGCGACAACCUGGAGCAGGCCACCCAGCUGCACCAGUUCAUAAGGGACGUGGACGACGAGCUGGGCUGGCUGGCGGAGAAGGAGCCUCUGGUGGCCUCGGAGGACCUGGGCAGCUCCCUGGCCCAGGUCCAGAGCCUCCAGAAGAACCACCAGGCUCUGGAGGCGGAGAUCCAGUCUCACGAGCCGGUGAUCACGGCGCUGGGCAGCCAGGCGCAGCAGAUGAUGCGCGCCAACCACUUUGCGUCUGCGGAGGUGGAGCGUCGCUGGCGGCAGCUGCAGGAUCGGCACGGCCACGUGCGGGACGCGGCCAGCGUGCGGCGGCUAAGGCUACUCGACGCCGCCGAGUCGCAACAGUUCUACGCGGAGGCUGAGGAGGCAGACAAGUGGAUGCGGGAGCGGAAGCCGCUGCUGACCUCCUCGGACACGGGCAAGGACCGGGACGCGGUGACGUCGCUGACCAAGAAACUGGACCUGGUCGAGCGCGACAUCAACAACUACAACCAGGUGAUCGCCAAGCUAUCUCAGCUGUGCCAGCGGCUGUCGGACCGCGCCCAUUUCGACACGGAGCAGAUGCGCGCGCGCCAGGCGCGGCUCGAGGAGCAGUACGCCGAGCUGGUGGGCCUGCUGGAGACGCGCCGGCUGCGGCUCCAGCAGAGCGGCCAGCUGUUCCGCUUCCUGGCCGAGGCGGACGAGGCGGCCGCCUGGGUCUCCGACCAGGAGCAGAUCGCUGCCAGCGAGGACUACGGCAGGGACGUGGAGCACGUCGAACUGCUGAUAAACAAGUUCGAGCAGUUCCUGAGCGGCCUGCAGUCCAGUGAGGAGCGUGUCACCUCUGUGGAGGAGAGCGCCCGACAGCUGGUGGCUGGCGGUCACCCGCAGCCGGAGCGUAUCCUGCAGCGCGCCGCCGACCUGCGCCAGAGCUGGGACGAGCUGCGCGAGCUCACCCAGGCGCGCCAGGAGGCGCUGGCCGGCGCCAAACAGGUGCAUGUGUUCGACCGUGACGCCGACGAGACGAUCGCCUGGAUUGGCGAGAAGGAGGCGGCCAUCUCGACCGACGACUACGGCCACGACCUGGACUCGAUCCAGGCACUGGUGCGCCGACACCAGGGCUUCGAGCGCGACCUGGCCGCCGUCAAGGAGCAGGUGGAGCAGGUGGUGGCCGAGGCCAAGCGGCUGGCCUCCCAGUUUCCCGACGCCCGGGAGCACAUCAGCGUCAAACACGAGGACACAGUACAGGCCUGGAACGAUCUGCUCGACAAGUCGGCCCAGAGGAAGGACAAGCUCGAGCAGGCGGCCAACAUUCAGGCCUACUUCGACGAGUACAGAGACCUCAUGGCGUGGAUUAACGAGCUGCUGGCCAAGAUCACGGCUCCGGAGCUGGCGCGGGACGUGGCGGGAGCGGAGGCGCUGCUGGCCAGACACGCCGAGUACCAGGCCGAGCUGCAGACGCGACAGGACGCCGUCGACGCGUUCAUCAGUCGCGGCCAGGAGCUGAUAUCGAGCGGCCACUUCAUGUCUACCGACAUCCAGGAUAAGGUCAAUGUGCUGGGGGCUCGCAGGGACCUGCUGGCGCAGACCUGGAAGGACCGGCAGGACAUCUACGAACAGAGUCUGGACACUCAGAUUUUCAAGCGCGACGCCGCGCAGCUGGAGUCGUGGCUGGAGACGCGGGAGCCGGUGCUGAACGAUCCGGCCGUGGGCGCCAGCAUCACCGAGGUCGAGGAGCUCAUCCGGCGGCACGACGACUUCCUCAAGACCAUCGAGUCGCAGGAGGACAAGUUCGACGCGCUCCGGCGUACCACACGGCUGGAGGAGGCGUUCGCGCUGAUGCGCCGGCGCGAGGAGGAGGCCCGGGUGGCCGAGCAGAAGCGCCGGGAGGAGGAGCGACUGCGGCAGAUCCGGCAACAGGAGGUCGAUAGGAUCACUAAGGAGCGUCGGUACCUGGAGGUGGAACACGAGGCGGGAGACGCCAGUCCCAGCGCCCAGCGCCGGGAGGCGGCGCGCGCGGGCGCCUCCUCGAGCCCACACCAGUCGCAGGAGAGCCUGAACCACCAGCCCACUCACCGGGCCUCGUUUCCAGACGUGGCCGCCGAGAGGAUGCUGUUGAAGAAUCCCAUGCUUGCUGAAAAGAAGAUGGGGAGCCAGUCAAGUCUUUCUAGUCUUAAGCGAGGUGACGUGAAGCGUGCUGAGAGCAUGAAGACGGAGCCGAAGAAGGCCAAGCGGACGCCGUCGUUCACCACUCGGCGGCGGACGCAGAGUUUCCGCAAGGCCAAGCGUCUGGAGGAGCUGGAGAACCUGCCGCCAGUGGAGAUGGACGGCAUGCUGGAGAGGAAGCAGGAGCUGCAGAGCGGCGGCAAGAAGGCCACCAUCCGCAGCUGGAAACACUACUACACGGUGCUGUGCGGCCAGCUGCUCUGCUUCUUCAAGGACAUGGACGACUUCGCCAACAGCAAGGCGGCGGCACCCCCUCUGAUCCUCUACCAGGCGCGCUGCGAGCGGGCGCUCAACUACACCAAGAAGAAGCACGUCUUCCGGUUAUCGCCGUCGGACGGCUCCGAGUUUCUGUUCGCCGUCUAUAACGAGGAGCAGCUGCAGGAGUGGAUCAACAAGAUCGAGUUUCACGCGCAGCUGCCGCCGUCCCAGCAGCUGCUCAGCUACGAUCGGCAGACGGGUCUGCCCGGCGGCGGGGCAGACGGCGGCAGCUCGUGUAGCAGUGCCGAGCCGUCGCCGGCGCCGGUCCGGCACCGGCACUCGGACCCAGCCGAGCCCGUCUACGCCAACCUGCCGACACCGCAGCAGCGGAGACACACCGGUCAGGAUCCCUCACUGCCGCCCGUGCCGCCGCGCGGAGCCUCGUCCAGCCCGCCGGCGUCGCGGCCACCGCCCUCGACCGCCGGCGCCGCCGAGGGUCCCAUCUACCAGAACCGGGUGUCGGUGCUACCGUCUAUUGAGGUGGACGUUCAGGAGAGGAACGGUGUGCGCCGGCACUCCUCCAACGCGCGACAGUCGUCCCAGAACGAGCCGUCGCCGCCGCCACUGCCGAGCUCGGCGCCGCCCCCCUCGGUCGCCCACCGACUGCAGGGAGGCGUCUCCGCUGUCGACGGAGCGGGUGACGUGCGGCAGCGGUCGCCGCACGGUGACGCCGGCCUGCCACCUGGCGGCGGCGCGCCGCACUACGCCGGCCGGACCGGCUCGCUGCCCUACGGCCAGCAGCCGUCUCCCUCGGGCAGCAACAAGUCGGCCACGCUCGACCAGAGGAACGGCAGUGAGAGUGGCAGCGAGCACGACCAGGACCGGCGCUCGUCCAAGCGCAGCUCCGUGUUCGGAUUCCUGCGUCGCAACAAAAAGGACAAGCAGCCGGCCCAGGUGUAGUCGCCGCCGCCCGCCGCCGGGCCCACCGCCCGCCACCAAUGUAUUGGAAAGUGCAAAUCAACCGCGGAGAGAGAGAUUGAAACGGUAUGCUUGUCCUUGAUGCUUAGUACUCAGUUGUCGAUACGGGCUUGCAAGUUGCCUAUUUAAAUGUUACGCGCGGCUUGCUUAUGAUCGAUCGCCACAUUUUAUGUCGUUCCUGGUUUAAAGAAGCUUACGUCUUUACCUAAGUUGAUUAGUUUGGGUUUGCCAGAGUGAUUUUUGUUUGAGGCGCGCGAGUCGCAUGAUGACGUUUGAGUUGCGAAGACGGAGGUCAAUGAAUACCAAAUACCUGACGUUUGUUGGAUCCGUAUAGAUAUUUAAUUUCCGCUAUACCGUCUCGCACAGUGCCUUCGACUUUGUACAAUACAAUUAGUCAAUUUGCGCAUUCUAUCCUCCAACAAUAUAUAAAUAUAUAUUG